AUGUCAUCUAAUCAAAGCAAGUUAUACAUGGGUCAGCAGAAUGAGAAUCUGAAAUAUUUGUAUAAUGUAAUAAAUGAACUUAAACAGCAAAUUGAACUAAAUCAAGCCAAAAAGGAUUCCAUUUUAGUAAACGUGGAUAUAUUGUCUUCAAUUAUUAAUAGAGAUCCAAAGAAAACCCAAGAAAAUAUACGUAAUGAUAUAGCUUUAUUUGAUUGUUUUUUAAAUCGAAAAUUAGAUAGUCUCCAAAAAGGAUUAGUUGAUGAAAUUAAAGAUUCAAAUUAUAAAGGUUAUCUUGAAAAUCAAAAUACACUGUUGAAUGAGUUACUGUUACAACAGAGAAAAUUUACAUCCCAUUCUGUAAAUAUAUUGAAACAGAAUGAAGAUGAUCUAUCUUCGGUUAUUGAUUUUUUAAGAAAUGACUUCAUACAUCACCAAAAAGAUGUAUUAAAUGAUACAAGGCAUCAGUUCCAAAACGUUCAUACAAAAUAUGAAGAUUUAGAAUUUGAAGGAUACAUGGCAAACAUCAAAAAUUUGCAAAUGGUAUUUGAUAUUAUUUCAUUGUAUAAAAUAAUUAUUGCAAUCUUAGGAGAUGAUUCUCCUCUUUCGUGA